AGAAACACUUUCAGAUCCAGAAGAGAGAGAAAGCCAUGGCCGACGACGAGCAGCCGAUCGGGACCGGGAGGCGGCGGGGCCGAGGAGCCGAGGCGGAGGCGCGGGCCAGCGCCCUGGAGCGUCUACGGGCUCGCCGGCAGGGCGGCCGCCGUUCGGAAAACCCCGACGACCGGUUCCAGAUCAAGAUGGAGAAGCCGAUCUACGACGUGGUCGACGACGACGAGUACGACGCGAUUGCCGCCAAGCGCCGGGAGGAGUUCGGCGACUUCAUCGAGGACGACGACGGUUUGGGGUACCGCGACGACGGCGAGGAGGAGGACUGGACCCGCCGCGGGCUGCCGACGUCGUCGGAUGAAUCGGACGGUGGCGACGCGAGGCCGAAGAGGAAGAAGGCGGAGAAGAAGGAGAAGGAGAAGGAGCCUAGGCCGACAAAGGCGACCGCGUCGCUGACGGCGGCGGCAGCGAUGAUGGGGAAGCAGAGGCUUUCGUCGAUGUUUACGUCGUCGGCGUUUAAUAAGAGUAGGGAUGGUGAUAAGGGUAAAGGAUUGUCUUGUGAUAGCAUUGUGGAUGAGGUGAUUGCCGAGUUUGCGCCGGACGAGGCUGAUAGGGAGAGGCGGCGGAGGGCGCAGCCAGCGAAGAGUUUCAUGCCGAAAACCGGUGUAAAGAGCGAUAGAGUGAACAAUAGUGGUGUUGAUUUGUCAAGGAGGCUUGAAUCGGAUCGAAUUGUUGGAAAUUGGAGUGGUUCUGUGCAUGAUGAGGAAAUGACUAAUGAUUUGGAGGGUGAGAAGGAGUUGGAUUUCGGAGAUUGUGCGCCGCAAGAUGAGCAACUCGAUGAUUUUUCGGAGAAUGUGGUGGUGCCUGAGAAGAAGAAGAGUGAGGAUUCAGUUGAGGUGUUGAAGGCGGAGUCUGUGGUGAAGAAGGAAGAGGUUUUUACUUUGAAUGCAAAGAUUAAGGAAGCUGAGGAUCCGGCAUUGAGUGCUACGGCAGGAUGGAAGGCCGCCAUGACUAGUGGGGGAAGCGGCCACAAUGUGGAGGUUAACAGUGACUCAAUUAGUGAAAGGAGUUCGGAUUUUGAUCUGGAAUCGGAUGGGUCACUGCCCUUUUACAUGCUAGAUGCCCAUGAAGAGUUCUAUGGACCUAAUAUGGGCACUGUUUAUCUAUUUGGGAAGGUUAAAGUGGGAACUUCUUAUCAGAGUUGUUGUGCGGUUGUAAAGAGCAUGCAGAGAUGUGUUUAUGCAAUUCCGAACAGUCCUCUUCUUCCAACUGACGAAUUGAUGAAGCUCGAAAAGGAUGUUGAAGAGUCAAGGAUUUCACCUACAGAUUUUCGAAAGAAGCUGCAUGACGCGGCUUCAGAAUUAAAGAAUGAAAUAGCCAAGAAGUUGUUGGAUAUCAAUGUAACAGGUUUCAGCAUGGCACCUGUCAAGAGGAACUAUGCUUUUGAGCGAUCUGACAUUCCUACAGGGGAAAACUAUGUGCUGAAAAUCAAUUAUCCAUUCCGGGAUCCCCCACUAUCAGCCGAUCUAAAAGGAGAAACUUUUUCUGCUCUUCUGGGAACUCAUAGCAGUGCGUUGGAACUUUUUCUUGUUAAAAGGAAGAUAAAAGGACCUUCUUGGCUGUCAGUUUCAAACUUUUCCGUCUGCCCAGCUCCACAACGGGUGAGCUGGUGCAAAUUUGAGGUGAUUAUCAAUGCUCCGAAAGAUAUAAGGGUCUCAGCUUCCACAAAGAAAACUGUAGAUAUCCCUCUAGUGGUCGUUGCUGCAAUAAGUUUGAAAACUAUUAUCAAUGAGAAGCAGAAUGUUAACGAAAUUGUCUCUGCAUCUGUCGUCUGCUGUAACAAGGCCAAGAUUGACGCUCCCGUGAAGGACUCAGAAUGGAAGAGCCCUGGUAUGCUGAGCCACUUUACUGUUGUCCGUAAGCUUGAUGGAGGCAUAUUUCCCAUGGGAUUUACUAAAUCAGCUGGAGAUAAGAAUUCUAAAGCUGGAUCAAAUGUCUUGAGCAUUGAGGGCAGUGAAAGGGCUCUGCUAAACCGUUUGUUCAUUGAAUUAUACAAGUUGGAUAGUGAUGUUCUUGUUGGACAUAAUAUAUCUGGAUUUGAUUUGGAUGUUCUUCUCCACAGAGCUCAGGUUUGCAGAGUGCCAAGCAGCAUGUGGUCCAAAAUAGGCCGCCUCAAGCGUUCUGUGAUGCCUAAGCUUGCAAAAGGAAGCAGCAUUUUUGGCUCUGGAGCAAGUCCAGGGAUCAUGUCCUGCAUUGCUGGUAGGCUGUUGUGUGAUACAUACUUGUGUUCCCGUGACUUAUUAAAGGAGGUCAGCUAUUCUUUGACACAACUUGCACAGACUCAGCUGGGCCAAAACCGGAAGGAGAUCACACCACAGGAUGUUCCUAGAAUGUUCCAAAAAUCUGAGUUUCUCAUGGAACUUAUUGAAUAUGGUGAGACAGAUGCAUGGUUGUCUAUGGGACUCAUGUUUCAUUUAAGUGUUCUUCCUCUCACACGUCAGCUGACUAAUAUAAGUGGUAAUCUUUGGGGGAAAACUCUCCAAGGUGCAAGGGCACAGAGAGUGGAAUACCUCUUACUUCAUGCUUUUCAUGCAAAAAAGUAUAUUGUUCCGGAUAAGAUUCCUCAUAUAAAGGAUACCAAAUUGCCAAAACGGAAAACAAAUAAGGGUAUUGAGGAAAAAGCUGCUGAUGAGUUGGAUGUAAAUGAUGUCACUGUUGAUAAUGAUGCGCAGAGUGGUCAUGGGAAAGGCAAGAAAGGUCCUGCCUAUGCUGGUGGAUUGGUUUUGGAGCCAAAAAGAGGUUUAUAUGACAAGUAUAUAUUACUCCUGGACUUCAAUAGUCUCUACCCGUCUAUUAUUCAGGAAUACAAUAUAUGCUUCACAACUGUGGAAAGAAAUUCAGAAGAAUUGGUUUCUCAUUUACCUUCUAGUCAAAGACCUGGACUUUUACCUGAGUUGCUAAAAAAUCUAGUCGAAAGGAGGAGAAAUGUAAAAUCAUGGAUGAAGAAAGCAUCUGGUCUGAAGUUCCAGCAACUUGACAUUCAACAGCAAGCUCUGAAGCUGACUGCAAAUAGUAUGUAUGGAUGCUUAGGAUUUUCAAACUCAAGAUUUUAUGCAAAGCCUCUGGCAGAGCUUAUAACACUACGGGGAAGGGAGAUUCUACAAAGUACCGUGGAUCUUGUUCAGAACAAUUUGAACUUAGAGGUAAUUUAUGGUGAUACGGACUCAAUAAUGAUUUAUAGUGGGCUGGAUGAUAGUGCGAAAGCAAAAGCAAUUGCUGUGAAAGUAAUUCAAGAGGUUAACAAGAAAUAUAGAUGUUUAGAAAUUGAUCUUGACGGCUUGUACAAGAGAAUGCUGCUUCUCAAGAAAAAGAAAUAUGCAGCUGUGAAGGAGCUGACGAAAAAUGACAAAAAAUAUGAGGUUAUUGAGUGUAAGGGCCUUGAUAUGGUACGUCGGGACUGGAGUUUACUUUCAAAGGAAGUAGGAGAUUUCUGCCUAAGUCAAAUUUUGUCAGGAGGGUCAUCUGAGGAUGUUGUUGAAUCAAUUCAUAACUCUCUUACCAAGGUGCAAGAGGACAUGAGAAAAGGACAAAUUGCCCUUGAGAAAUAUAUCAUCACCAAGACAUUAACUAAACCACCAGAAGCCUACCCAGAUGGCAAAAACCAGCCACAUGUUCAAGUGAGUUCAGGAAGCUUAUGCCCAGUGGCACAAAGAUUGAGGCAAAGUGGUUACUCUACUGGUUGCUCUGUUGGUGAUACAGUCCCUUAUAUUAUCUGCUGUGAGCAGGGCGUGAAUUCAGAUAAUUCAACUGGGAUUGCUCAACGUGCUAGACAUCCUGAUGAACUAAAACAAGAUGGAAAAUGGAUGAUUGACAUUGAUUACUACUUGUCCCAGCAGAUUCAUCCCGUUGUAUCACGACUUUGUGCUUCAAUUCAGGGUACCAGCCCCCAACGUUUGGCUGAUUGUUUAGGGAUCGACUCAUCUAAGUACAAAGUUCAUUCAAGUGAAGGUGUCACAAAUGAAUCUUCCAGCUUGUUCUUUUCUGUUGACGAUGAAGAGAGAUAUCGGGAGUGCAAGUCCUUGAUCUUAACAUGUCCUAGCUGCUCUGGUACUUUUGAUUGUCCAGCCAUCUUCAACUCCAUUGCCAAGUCAAUCAAUGAAAAGCCAACAAAGCCACAAGGAGAGGAAUCUUCCAGCAAUUUUUGGUGCAGAUUGCGCUGUCCAAAAUGCCCAGAGGAAGGUGAUGUAGCUAGACUAUCUCCUGCAAUGAUAGCCAAUCAGGUCAAGAGGCAAGCAGAGGGGUUUGUUUCAACGUACUACAGGGGCGUAAUGACGUGUGAUGAUGAAACUUGCAAAUACACCACACGAAGUCUCAACCUCCGGCUUGUUGGUGAUUCUGAGAGAGGAACAGUCUGUCCAAAUUAUCCUCACUGCAAUGGGCGUCUUGUAAGAAGGUACACGGAAGCUGAUCUGUACAAACAGCUCUCGUUCUUCUGUCACAUCUUGGAUACAGUACGCUGCAUAGAAAAGAUGGAACCUAAGACCAGACUGCCGGUAGAGUUAGAGUUGUCCAAAAUUCGCCCAAUUGUGGCUUUGGCCGCCUCAACAGUUGAAAGGAUUCGAGACCGCUGUGCGUUUGGGUGGAUACAGCUGCAAGAUCUUUUUGUUACGGUUUAAACUUUAAACUAUUAAGCUGUCUAGAUCUCAGCAUCAGCAGGUUGAAUAUACAAUCAAGUUCUGUAUAUAUCGUACACAGAUGUAUCCAUCAGCAUUACAAGUUUUCAACUAGUAAAGUAGUUUAUCAGUCUCAUUAUU